UCCCGAAACGUCACGAAAUGCGGUUAAAGAAAAAGAGGUCAAAAAGAAAAACAAGAAGUUACGAAAUUGCACAACAUUUCCCAGCAUGCUACGAUCCACCGCCCGAUUUGCUGCCACGUUGCAGCAAGAUGUACGAGCUCUGGGCGCCGUUACCGCAGCGGCCAACACGAGAUGUGGCUCACACAGUUACCAGCGCCCUCCGAACUGGACUCUUGCCAAGGGGCAGGCACAGCACCAGCGCUUUCUCUCCACCGGCCGAUCUUCGCUGGCCGUAUCGACGAACGUGGAUGAGGUGGAGCAGAAGGAUGGAUUCCUGAAGCGAUUCAUCACGAAAAUGGGCUGGAUCGAUAAUUCGGCGGUGCGUCUGCGAGUGUCCAGCUGCCUGCUGUACGAGUCCGUCGCAGAUUGUAUCAACUACGACGAGUUCUUUACCCAGUUCGACAUGCCCGACACCUUCAACACGUGGUUCCUGAUCACCGAGCUGCACGUGUGGAUGCUGCUGGUGCGCUCGAUGGCCGAGGGAUCCGAGAAGGGUGCCGCCGGUCGGUACCUGCGUAACAGCAUCGUCGAGACGAUGUGGAACGACGUGACGACGCGUGCCAAGCAGCUUACCAUGGACAACCCGUCCGUCGUGCGGCCACAGAUUCAGCAGCUCUCGGAACAGUUCCAGGCUGCGCUGAUCUCGUACGAUGAAGGGAUUUCUUUCGACGAUAAAGCACUGGCGGCCGCCCUGUGGAGGCGCUUUUUAAGCGGACGCUGCGAGGACUAUCAAAAGCUAGAGAUGCUGGUGGAGUAUGUUCGGAAGCAGACCACCAUGUUGGAUCAGCUUAGUCGAUAUGAUUUCGCCAUCAAGCCGAAAGUGAAAUGGGGACCGCUGGUGGACCGUGGACCGUAAACACCCUGUAAAACCUCCUGUAGCCCCCUGCCAGCAUCAUAGGUUCUCAGUCAUAAGUUAAUUGAAUCGGAUUAUCCAGCUGUGUAACUGUUUAAGAAAGUGUUAGUGAAACGUUCAACAAUAAGGAACGAGGUAAUAAACGAAAACGCCCAGUUUGAAUACGA